AUAGUCUGCAGUGGAACUUUUCUUCGCAGUAUAGUGAAAAUUUAGUCCAAGUGUUGUUGUUGCAGAACAAAACAUCUCUCCCAAGCUAAUGGAAAAUGGCGUUCUCACAGCAAAAGUUCCCGGCCAUAAGAUUGUCUGACAUUGACGAUCUGAUGCGCGAGAAUGCGUUGGACUCUUCCGACGGUCAAAUGUUGAUUGAUUAUAUCCGACGCAAGCAAGGUGCUGGCAGACCCCGCUUAAAUCUCCUUCUCGAUGGGGCAGAAAAUCCAAUCAACUUUAGGCUUGACCAUCUUCAGCCACUGGCGGCUAGUCUAUCGCCGAGCAAAACAAACGAUGCUACAGAUGCGCCAGCAUUGGAAACAGCAUCCGAUACGGCAUCUACCAACGCUUCACCCGGGAUCGCUCUGGUUCAGCCACAUUCAGUCAAUAAUAGAAUUGCUUCAUUUAUCACUCCUUCGAAGAAUGGGACCUCUUCUACGCCAACCGCCGGCAGCCGGGAUUGCAAUCCAAAAUCUCCUCCCUCGCAAAGGGCUUCCCCAGUGCAUCGUCUGCUGAGUCCAAGUAGGAUUCCGGUGCAACGGGCCAGCUCCGGCACGAACCUCAGUCGGAAAACGCUGAUCAAAGAGUGCCAGCGAGCUAAUCAGAUGAAGUGCGAAAUUAUUCGCCAAAUUGUAUCGAGCACGCCGAAGCCGGGCGAAAAGCAAGAGAGAAGUAACGACAACUUCAUGAGCAUCAGGGAAACCAUAUCACCCAUCUUUGAGGAACGUGUAGCGCCCAUGGUCGCUCGAGUCGACGCUGUUCAGGCGCAAUUGAAUGGCACCGUUCCGGCCACCCAGGAUCAGCCGGAUGCCAUCGAUCGAGACGCCCGCGAAAGCACACCACCACGGGGGGACGGAGCGAUGGUAGUCAUUCCGGAAACGCCAAGUCCGGUUCACAAGUCACCGAUGCGAACGGCUUCUCCGUUUAGUGCGCUUAAGUUGCAUCGGUCACCAUCGAUGCGGAAACUCACAGAUCAACAGCAAAGAACCAGCAUGGCGGCAAGUCAACAGCAACCGAAACGAUCCAUGGCCGUGGAAGCACUGCGUAUAGACGAAAGCGUAGAAUAUACGCCGCAAAAGAGUAUUCUGAAGAAACGCACCACCAAGAUAUCGGUUGAACCAAUGGUUGUUUCGCCGUCUCCUCGGAAUCGCGUUAGUUUUUCCGAGCAGCUAAUAAGUGUACGCGAAUUGUCUCCAGCUUAUGUCCGUUCACCAAGGCAUUCCGACGUGACAUCGGAUGAAAGCAGUGAGGAAGCAGAAGAAGAAAAUUUCAAAGUGAAGCAGAGAAAGGAUAUGCAUCGAACAUCGCACGGACAAUUAGUGUGUACCGUUUGGAGCCCCACUAAGCCUACCGUACAGUUGAGAAAAUCAUCGUUGAACAGUUCCGCCACUAUGCCAACCGGGCAGACGAGAAAAUCACAACUAACACGAUCUGAGGCGUUCGACGAGCAGGUCGAGUCCUUGCCAGCAAAUCGUACUAACGAAGAAUCGGAACGCACAGGGCCGACCAUAGAGGAACAAAUGGAAGCAAUGCAUCAAGAGGAUCGAUCACCGUGCCGGCCGCAAAGUUUGACCAGACGUUCGCUUUCAUUUGACGAUAUCAUUCGGCGCGGUGCAGUACCACGGGGGGAUGAUCCACCGUCGAAAAAUGGAGAGCAGAACGAGUUAGAAACGGACAGGUUGGAGCGAAACAGAGAACAACCGCUCCCGCAGCCCGUACCUUCUCCCGUUUCUAGUCCGAAGGACAAAAGAAAAAAUAAGACAAUUAGUGACGCCGUCAAUAUGGUAAUGGAAGACUCGACUAGAAAUGGUUCCAACGACGUUAGUAGCCAACAGGAGCAGGGGCAGGAUGAUGGGCGAUUGGAAACGAACUUGGAUGCAAUAGCAUCACCGGGACACCGUACCAUCAGCAGCCCGAUGGCCAUCACAAACAUUGACACACCACGCACCGUGUUGAUGGACAUUUACGACCCACCGUCCGCAUUUUGUGAUGACGACAACGACGACAGCGAUGACGACAACGACGACUCGUCUCUCUCGAAUAAUACUCCGAAUGAGGUGGAGGUUCCGACACAGGCCACGGAAGAGACUGAUCCGCAGCGACAGAGUGACAAGCUAAGCAAAUCAAGGAAACGUCGAAGUGUUUCACCUUGUCCGAAGGAAUCAGAACCUGGUGUGCAAUCGGCUUGCGAAAUGCGGCAAAACGUGUUGAAAACGCAUGAACGUAUUGUGAGCGUUAGUUCUCCGCAAGAUCACGUGUCGUUCAAAUUGACCUCAUUUGUCGAUCGGUUGGUUAGCCAGGAGGAACCGGUAUUACCCCAACAACGACCGGCCGACGGUGACGAUCAAGCACGGCGUGAGACGAUCGUGGUGCCCUCGAAACGACGUCGUGCUAAACCGAGUAUUGAUAACGAUACGGAGAGCUACUUCCAAGCCGUUGAGCAGCCACAAAAGACGAAGGACGCAAAAUCGAAACGGGGUAGCCAACGUCGGAAGCUGUUCCCACGAGAGAAAUCCGGGUUGGUGGAUGAAUUGGACGAGAAUAUUCCCUCGCCCGAACCGCUACCGAUGACUCAAGAGGACGAAGCGGUCCCUGAAACGCAGCCGGCAGUUGAGCCGAAGUGCGUUCCUGUCAGCCGUCCCAUGACAAAGCAACUGGCUGUGAUCAUCGAACGCUUAUCGAUGGCAACCCUGAAACGGUUACAGGAGGGUCAAGGAGCCAAAAAUAAAAACGAUGCUAUCGAAAUGAGCGUGAAUAAGGAGGAGAAAAGAGCCGGUACCAGCCAACCUAAAUCUCCCGUCGAAGAAAAGCAAAAUACGGAGCCAUCGGAAAAGGACAGGGAAGUAUCAUCAUCAACCGGGUCGGAUGGAAUCGAUAGUGGUACGAGCGGCAAACGUCCACCAGUGCCACGGCAAGGGCGAGGGCGAGGGCGCCCAAAAAAGGAUCCUAAAAAUGUCGAACAAGGGCAGAAGUAUUGGAAGGACAUAUCGAAUGAGCUGCGCCAGCACGUCGAAAGCGAUGGCAUUCGGAAGAGCAACCGAAAACGGUGCCUGUCGAAGCAGGUACUGAUGCGCAAUCCACUUUUGAGUAGGAACGACGAACCAAAGUAUGUCAUGCCGACGUUUGAUGAGUUACUGGUCCUGUACGGAGAGCAAGAGAAAAAAAGACAAAACUCGAAGAAAAACGUGAAGGAUAAGAAAAAGGCCACCAAGAAGCCGAUCUCGACCGAGACAAGAAUUGAUGACGAUGGGUUCCGGAUUCCUCCCGUGCCCAUAACCGAUGGCUCUACCCAGACGUCAGCUGGUAAAAAGCGUACGAUCGCAUGGUCCGAAAAGCAGCCGGAAGCUGCUACCGCAAACGGCAACGGUCACUGUCCGGCCAAUGGUGAAUCGCUCGAUUCUGGACUCUCUUCUGCGGUGAUGACGAGCGAUGAUGUAACGGAAACGAUACCUCCGCCAGUCAGGCAAAAGCCUAGUUCUAGUGCGACCGUCUCUUCAACAGCGGACGGUGACCCCGGAGGCCAAAAAGGGGGAGAAUCCGCCGUAAGUGCGUCCGUUGGCUCCACCGAAGAUAUACUGACGGCCAAACGGCAAGCCAUGGACUGGAUGUACAUGUUGAUGGAAAACCAGCAGCAACAGCAAGCGAAACUGAUGCCCAUUGAUAUCCAGGGCUUCACGCACUGUUCGAUCGACCAUCUGUCGUUCCAGCGGCGGGGUGACAUUGAGUACUCGUUUUACAUCUAUUCCAAGUACGACAACUUCGGAUUCGUUCGGUUUCUACCCAAUGCCAAAAAGAAGAUGACGCGGCUGAACAAUUUCCAUCUGAAAUUCCUUGUCCUAAAUGGAUCGUUAACGUUCGUCAUCAAUGAGCUUGAAGUGAAGGCAGUUGGAGGAGAUUUUUUGUUACUUCCAAUCGGCUGCUCGUAUAAGGUUUUGAACGGUCCAGACGUGUCACUGAUGUUUAUGAUUAAAACAAUCGAAGGACUGCGCCAAUGAGCCGACUUGUGAUGAUAUGGAUGUAAUGUUUGUCUGUUUUGAAGCAUGUUUUAUAGUAAAAGGUUAGAUAUUAUUAAUAAAUGUUUUAAUUUGUAA